UCUAGUGAAAUGACAACUAUGAUAAAACAGAUGUUCCUUCCCAACUCAUUUGUCAGAGUUCUUUACGAGAGUUGGGCAAAGCCCCAGUCAUCGUCAAACUCAGCAAGGAGAAGAAAAGUCCAAUGUUAAAACAUGGACAACUAGGACAAAGGGAUAACAUUCAACUUAGUUCGAUAUUUCAAAUGUACUUCUUGUUUACCCCAAAAAAGUCAGUAGUUUAAAGGAUAAGUGAAUUGAUUUGUUAUAAGCAAAAAAAGAUAAUAAGUGCCAAAGUAAUGAAAUCAGGUAAAUAUAAAACAAUAAUUAAGUAAAAUAUAGAAUAAGCCUGGGCUGUAGGAACUCGAAGGAAUCUCUUAAUGAGGAUGACUCCAGUUGAACACUCAGCCGUUAAGAACACUUCGAAUCCAGAACAAAAUAAUAUAGAGAACAAAGUAAGUAUCUUUGUAUUGCCAUAUGAUUUCUUAUGUUUUAAAAAGCUUUACUUAUACUAGAGCUAUGGGGUGCAUGAUCCACCAAUCAUGCCCCAUUAAUUACUAAUAUUCAUACUGCAAUAAAAGAUAAUUAAUGGGUGACAAUGAAUGGUAAUAAAGGGUAUUAAUGCGCUUUUAAGACUUGAGGAAGACUUGGGAUUUCUUGUAACGGUUGUGCAUUGAAUGAUGUUUGAUCGGUGAAUUAGCAUGCUUCUCCGGACCCUUUAUAGUUUUUUCCUCCGCUAGCUAUUACCAAAUUACUUAUCCGGAGCGUCAUGUGCUUUCCCAAAUCCCCUCACUUGCUAACUUGAAUCGGACAUGUUACAAUCACCACUGUCAUCUUUUGAUACUUUCACCAGGUGCCUACGAAUUUUACCGUAUACACUUCUCUUCCCAUGAUUGUCCACAUAGAGCAUACUAGUCAAAUGCAUUAUUGCCAUUUGUAACUGUAGUAAAAUAACAUUUCCAGUCCAGACCAUCACAUAAUUCCUAAGUUUUCCAAGCACAGAAAAAAGGUUAAGACAAUAUCAGCUUCAAAGUUAUCUUUACCCUAUCCAGACAAGUAGUUAAGCAGACGGGAAUGAUUCAUUACAAGUAUCAUCAAGUCAUUGAUAUAAAUUAGAGAUUUCACAGAUGAACUAUUCAUCUAUGUAAGAAUUCCUUUGAAUCCUUUCCCUUGAAUUAUAUUUUUGGUAUUUUAGUUUUUUGUCUAAAAAAAAAUCAUGGCUUUAGCCUCUGUCAAACAUGUAUUGAAGCUUUUGAUCACUUUGCUCCUUGAGAAUCUUACUUUAGCUCAAUUUCCUGACUAUCACACCGCAAAAAUCCCCACAACCUGGAUAAACAAUAAUGUUUCGGCUGUCAAUGUUACAAAGCCCUUAACGUACCCUUUUUACUCAUUCAAUCAAUCUUCUGGACCUUUCAUGAGAAUUGUAAUGCUCAAAGAGAUAAAAAAGGACAUGGGAUAUGCUUGUGGUUUUGCUUCAAAUGGAGAAGAUGAUUCCUUUGUGUUCUCCAUAGGAAUUGUACGUCUUAUUCAGGACUUUGUAGGAGCCGAGAACUGGUCUGACCUUGAGCUGGUCUGGUUUGCAAACAGAAACCAUCCAGUUCGUGAAAAUGGAACGCUGCAAUUGCUGCAAGAUGGAGAUUUAGUGUUAAAAGAUGUGGAUGGAACUCUUGUGUGGUCUACGAGUACUGCAAAUAAGUUCAUAUCAGGCAUUAACAUGAUGGAGACUGGAAACCUUGUGCUUCAUGACAUGUAUAAUCAGACUGUCUGGCAGUCUUUUGAUCAUCCAACAGAUGCACUCCUUCCGGAACAGAAAUUAAGGGCUGGUCAAAAACUUGUGGCUAGAGUUUCUUCAUCCAAAUGGACUGAAGGUAACUACUUUCUCUCUGUAACAAAUCAAGGCUUGUUUGCAUUUUACAUAUCGAACAAGCCACGUAUGUAUUUUAAGUUUUUGGUUAGAGGAGAAAGGGAUAACUUUGAUGAAAGUUAUGUGAAAGCAGUGAAUGGUACUCUUGCCUUGUACAUAUCAUCAACUGAGCCAAAUGAGCCAAAUGCUGUAUUGUCAAGACCUUCUAGGAUGAAAUUUUUGAGAUAUGAUUAUGAUGGAUAUCUUCGAGCCUACAUCGAGGGAAGUGAUCAACCAAAAGAUCUUUUGGCAGAUUUCAUCAGUUUUUGCGAUUACCCCACAGCCUGUGGCAGUUUGGAGCUUUGUGCAAAUGGAUUUUGUUCUUGUCCGGGUUCAUUCAGAAAAAGCAAUGAUCAGCAAAACAAUGGGUGCGUGGAAGUUAGUCCAGUGGAAUGUAAUGGACAACGCUCCCACAAAAUGGUGCGUGUUUCGGAUGUCUAUUACUUUAACUAUGUUGACAUUGAUGCAGCAGCUCUAAGAGGAACAGAUGAGGAAAGCUGCCAAGAGUUGUGCUUGAAGAACUGCUCUUGUAAAGUAGUUCUCUUCCGCUAUUUUACUAACUUUUCAAGUGGUGACUGCUAUCUACCAUCGCCUGUUCUGUCACUUAUAAAUGAUGGAAAGGAAAGAAGUGGCUAUGAGUCAUCUGCAUUCAUCAAAUUACCCAAUGAUGCAGAAAAAAGUACGAAGUCUACAGCUGCAAGAAGAAUUGGCAUUAUAGCUGGAUCAACUAGUGGAGCAUUUCUUCUGAUAGCAUUAAGUGUUGGCAUCUUGAUUGCUUUCAACAGAAAACAAGCAUUGCAAGAAAAUAAUGAUGAUUAUUCAGAGGAGAUAUCUGGCCUUCCGAGAUUUUCUUACGAACGGUUGAAGGUGGCAACAGGGAAUUUCCAGAAAAAGCUUGGUCAGGGAGGCUUUGGCUCAGUUUAUGAAGGAGUUCUUCAAGAUGGUCAAAAAGUAGCAGUGAAGGUUCUCGAAGGUUUUGGACAAGGGAAGAAGGAAUUCUUGGCAGAAAUCCAGACCAUAGGAAGCAUCCAUCAUGUUAAUCUUGUUAGACUAGUUGGAGUUUGUGCUGAGAAAGAGCAUAAGCUAUUAAUUUAUGAUUUCAUGAGUAACGGAUCAUUGGAUAAAUGGAUUUUCGGAACAGGCUCUACACAGUUUACACUUGAUUGGAAAAUAAGAAAAAGAAUCAUCCAUGAUAUAGCGAAAGGAUUGGCUUAUCUUCAUGAAGAAUGUAUGCAAAGGAUAGUCCACUUAGAUGUAAAGCCGCAGAACAUUCUGUUGGAUGACGAUUUUUGUGCAAAGGUUUCUGAUUUUGGUUUGGCCAAGUUAGUGGAUAAAGAUCAGAGCCAGAUAGUGACCAGAAUUAGGGGAACCCCGGGAUACUUAGCUCCUGAAUGGUUUACCGCAUUCAUUACAGAAAAAGCAGAUGUCUACAGCUUUGGAGUUGUUGCAAUGGAGAUCCUCUGUGGACGCAAGAACUUGGACUAUUCACACUCACUGGAAUCUCCACAUUUGCUUAGUUUGUUUAUGAAAAAAGCUGAAAACAAUCAGUUGAUCGAUAUGAUCGGAAACUACAACGAUGAUCUGCAAUGCAAUACAUCAGAAGUGGUCCGUAUGAUGAAGCUUGCUGUCUGGUGCUUACAGAGUGAUUUUACUCUGAGGCCUUCCAUGUCCAUAGUGGUUAAAGUAAUAGAGGGGACAAUGGACAUUGAAUCUCACUUAGACUACAGUGUUCCAAAUUCACAAACAAUUGCAGCAAUCAAAAGAGUGACAGACACAACCAAUACCUUGUUUCCUUCAAUUCUUUCAGGACCUAGGUAAGGAAUAUCUAAGCAUGAUGAAGAAGAAACAAAGAAACUAUCCUCCUUCCAUUAUCCAAUUUCUUGUCUGAUAUCAUUGUUAUAUAGCUAUUUAUUGGUUUCAUUUGUUUAUUUUUCUGUGACUUAAUAAGAGACUGUAGUUGAGAACCAUGGUGUAGUUUCCAGUGUAAAUUCAAACG